AUGACAGAUAUAAAGAACAGACACAAGAACCAGAUAUACUGGCACAAGAGAGACAUAAAGAUAGAACUGGAGUCCUGGAGCAGCGAUGAAGUAGAUACUGCCACCAAUAUAUACGCGCCUGGCCCUAAGACAGAGCCUCCCUUUGAGGUGUCUGUGGUGUCCAGUAGGUUCUUGUACGAGAACAACAAAGAGAGCACUUUGUACGUAAUAAGAAUAGGGUCACUGAUGCACUCCUGGCUGCUUCUGAAGAGCAUUCAGGAGAUAGUUGAUCUCAUAGUGGUGAUUAAGAACAGCUCAGACAUCCUUGAUAAACUAAGCAUAAAGCGUUUUAGGUCCAUAGGCGUAGACAACUACCAGGAGAGGUACAGCAUCAUCCAGCUAGUGCUAUCUACUCUGCUGAACAACAGCAUAUACUAUAAGCAUAUACAGCAGUUCAUACUCAGCAGCACCAUGCCCAACACCGACAGUAUCAAGAAGAUCAGUGAUAUAUUAGAUAGAGAAAGAGAGGCAGGAGUGUAUCUAGUAGAGUACAAGGGGUGGAUCAGCAGGUGGAAAGUGCAUUACUACCAGCUCGUUAAUAACAUAAUAGUGAACACAUCAGUGAAGACAGGGAGAGUGAAGAGAGUGGUGGACAUCAAGGACAUUAAGAUAGUAGAUAGAGUAGUAAAGAUAGACAACAAAGAGCUGAUAGCGCAGGACAGCCACACAGUGGAAAUAAUAAAGAAAUGGAUGCACCAGUGCAUAUCAUAG